AUGAGCCGUAUUACAAAAUCCCGGGUAUACAAGUUUCAUAACUUCUCAAAGGAGGUCGAUGUCGGUGACCGGUAGCAAGCUAGCAAGCAAAGCAUUACAGUGCUGUGCGACGUGUGAAAAUUCCCUCAACAUUCCCUGGCAAUGAACGUGGAGAAAAACAAGCAAAGGUGGAGGGAUGGAUAAGACGCCGCGAUCAGUUCGUCUAUAAAAACGUCUUGUGCCUGCGAGGAAGCGGGAGAACAGACUUAUUUUCUGCAGAGCCACAAAUAGCACGCAUCGCGUUGCACCUGCCCCGCGUCCGCACUGAAACGAGACGCAUGAUCACAACAUCCUCUCACAGUCUGAUGGCUCGCGCACAGAUAUGUCCUGAGAAGGUCAUCUUCAUCCAUCCAGACACCUUUACGAAGUCUCAGUUGUGCUCUUGGGGCUGCCAGAUGGAACCUGAUUGCUGCAGGAAGCUGUGUGCCAGGAAGAGAACAGAUUACAGCAGCUCCUCUGCUGCCUGAGUGCUGGAGCGGUUGAUGCUGCGCGCUGGCUGGCCUCCUCUGCUCUCCCGGGGACAGCGGCACAAAUGAGCGCCGUCUGGCAGGCGCGGAGGGUCCGGGGGGAGACGGAAGCACGCUGACGGAGCGGGACCGCUGCCGUGCCGAAACCAUCUCAGAUGCGCUGCCGUCCUGGGACAGGUGCGAGCCGGAGCAGGAGCAGGAUCGAAGCGAUGCGGGGGGAAAAAAGACAAACAAACAGGGCUUGGCGUCGGUGAUGAGAAUGACUUGCAUACUAAGCAGGACACCGCGGCCUGAGUCGCAACGGAAAUGCACCUGAAGAACAAGGAUGGAGACUGAAGCGGCCUUUCUGGAGAGGCGCUACGUGCACAGCGUCUACGAGAAGACCGCUCCCUACCUCGGCCACCUGCAGGGCAAGGCCUGGCCUCGGGUUCGACAGUUCCUCCUCCAACAGAAACCGGGCAGUCUGGUGGCUGACAUUGGCUGUGGCACUGGGAAGUAUCUGAAUGUCAAUCGCGAAGUCCGCACGGUGGGCUGUGAUCUGUGUGGCCCCCUUGUGGCCAAAGCCAGGAAGCAGGGGAAUGAAGUGCUGGUGUGUGACAACCUUCGCCUCCCCUUCAGGAACAGCGUCUUCAGCGCUGUCAUAUCCAUCGGCGUGAUUCAUCAUUUUUCCACCCCGGAGAGGAGGGUGUGCGCGAUAAGAGAGAUGGCGAGGACGGUGGCCCCGGGAGGGGAGCUCAUGAUUUACGUCUGGGCCCAGGAACAGAAGCUGCGCCGCUUCCCCAAGCAGGACGUCCUGGUGCCGUGGAACGGGGCCUUGUGCUCCAGGAACUCUUCCGAAUCCGGGGACACGCGUUCGGGUCGCGCCGACCUGCCGGAGGGCCGCGUGGGGACGGACCCCCCGGGGGGCGGGACGGGCGGGCGGCGCGCCCACAGUCUGGGGGGGGACUACGUGGCGGUGGGCAGGUGCUGCUUCAAAAUCCCGUCCCAGCGGGAAGACGCCAGGGCGCCCCGCCCCUGCUUGAGCCGGGCCCUGCGGUCCUGGUUCUUCUCCAAGUCCCUGGACGAGUCCGGCAUGAGGCGCUGCGUGGAGGGGCUUGAGCUCCGGAGCGGCCCGGCGCAGUGGGCGGAGAGCGCGGUUCUGGUUCAGCCCGUCCGGCACCGCAGCGUCGAUCUGGGCCACGGCGGCCCGCUGCUCCGGCAACCUAGCCUCGACGACGACGUGUUCGCGGAACCGGCGAAUCAGGAGGAGGAGGAGGAGGAGGCGGGGGAGCAGUGGCUGAAAGUCGCCGGCGCUCUGACAGAGGUGAACGGGGGCGAGCGAGGACGCGCCCGCGGGGACCACGUCGCCGCGGAAACCCGCCAGCUCUCCGCCGCGGUGAGGAGCGCGAACGACUUGAACCGCGGCGCCGGGACGCGAGCCGCCCCGCGCGGCUCCGCGGGCUCCAUCCUGGAGACGGUGAGCCUGGACGGGCGGGAGGGCGACCGGGCGGACGGUAGGGACCUGAUGCGCUACUACCACGUCUUCAGGGGAGGAGAGCUGGCCCGCCUGAUCGAGGACAGCGUCCCGGAGCUCAGCGUUCAGAGCUCCUGCUUCGACCACGGAAACUGGUGUGUGAUCGCCAAGAAAAAGGGGUCCUCUUAAGAGCCUUUCUCCAGCAACGAUCAGAAUGUCCAUCAUUCGAACAGCAUCGGCAAUGUACUCUAUAUCUGGAACUAUUAUUAUGACCUACAUGGGAAAAUUAGGUCCAAAAA